AUCUAGACAUCUUGGCUCGAAUCUUUAGAGGACUGAGUGUACGCAAAUUAGGUAUUUUAUUAAAAUGACAACAGUGGUCGAACCGUGCGUUGGGUGAUUGACAUGUAGUGCCUUUAAUUAUUUAAACAAAUAAUUCCACGAUCCAUAGUUUGGUCAUUUGUUAGUUUCUAAAAACUAAUAGUGCUACAAUGUCCUAUGUUUGUGUGUGGUGUUUGUAUUUAGUGUGCCUGUUUAUUUUAAUAGUCUCAACAAAGGAGAAUGUCGACGCAUUAAUAAUAAAUAGUCCAUCAACAGAUUUCAGCCGACAUAGAAUAGUACAGCCGACCGUUCACCAUGGAAGGACAAAAAGGGAAAUAUCCACAACAAGGGAAAAGACUGGUGCGCAUCAUUCCGACGUGACAGUUCGAGUCCAGAUUGACGGCGAGGAGCAUAUCCUAGACCUUCGGCUCAACCAAGAUCUGCUGACUGAAGGUCAUACGCUACUAUACCAAAAGAAUGGAAAGACUGUGCUGCAUAAACCUAAGAAAGAGGAGUUGGACGUGUGUCAAUAUUCGGGUACGGUAAGAGGGAGGCCCGGCUCCUGGGUGGCGGUGUCUACGUGCAGAGGGCUCCGGGGCGUCAUUUACGACGGUCAACGGAUGCGGUACAUCCAGCCUGUCGAAGGUAACGAAAUUCAAUCGGACCAUUACAUAUACGACCACGCGGACUUAACCGCUACCCAUCAGUGCGGUUACGAAGGCGGCGUGACUAAGAACGAAACCUACGACCCACUGCUACUGAAGAAAUACCGUGACCAGCAGAGCGCUCAACGCAGCAGGAUAGCUCGGUACAAACGCGAAGUGGAUGACACUCAAGUUCGGGGGCCUUACAACGCAAACAAACUGACAAGAUACGUCGAGCUGGUGCUGGUGUCUGACCACAGGGAGUUCAGGGCCAAUGACGAGAGCUUGGAGACUGUCCAUCAUCAGCUGAAGGACGUUGCCAAUAUCAUCAACUCGGUAUACGCCCCAUUGAACAUAUUCAUAGCGCUAGUUGGUGUGGUGGUUUGGACGGAACGCGACGAGAUUCAACUAGUCGAGAACGGCGACGAUACCCUCAACAAUUUCUUACAGUACAGGAAGAAGAUCCUAUUGGCGGACAUACCCAACGAUAAUGCGCAUUUGAUCACCCGCCAAAAGUUCCGCGAGGGUGUAGUGGGCAAAGCGUUGAAGGGUCCGAUUUGCACUUACGAAUUCUCCGGGGGAGUAGCUACGAACCAUUCGGAAGUCAUAGGCUUAGUGGCCACGACUAUAGCUCACGAAAUGGGUCACAAUUUCGGCAUGGAACACGAUACGGAACAAGACUGCGAGUGUCCAGACGACAAGUGCAUAAUGAGCCCGUCCAGUACGUCCGUCACUCCGGUACAUUGGUCCUCGUGCAGUUUGAAGUCUCUAGCGCUGGCCUUUGAGCGGGGAAUGGACUACUGUUUACGGAACAAACCGAAGCGGAUGUUCGACUCGCCGACUUGCGGCAACGGAUUCGUCGAGCCCGGCGAGCAGUGCGACUGCGGCAUCUCCAUAGACAAGAGCCCCGAUCUCUGCAGCGCGUGCUGCAACCCGGCCACUUGUAUGCUGCGGAGUAACGCCACCUGUGCCGCGGGCACAUGCUGCGAUCUCCAGACUUGCCGGCCCAAAGCGGCGGGCACCGUAUGCCGUAGUGCAGACCGCGAGUGCGAUCUGCCGGAAUACUGCACCGGCUAUUCUGAAUUCUGCCCGGCCGAUGUUUUCAAGAUGGACGCCACACCAUGCAGCGAUAACAAGGCAUAUUGCGUGCGAGGUUCGUGCCGCUCUCACACGGACCAAUGCCGUUUGCUGUGGGGCACCACGGGAGAGAGUUCACACGAGAAAUGCUACACCAGCAACAACAACAAAGGGAAUAAAAACGGCAAUUGCGGUUAUUCCCGUACCAGGCAAAUGUACAAAGCGUGUUCGUUUGAAGACUCUUUGUGUGGAAUGCUUCACUGUCGCCAUCUCAACGAACGACUAGAGUUCGGUAUGGAGAGUGUAGCCCAACUAUCAGCUGUCUUUAUCAAUAACAACGGCACCAUAAUCCCUUGUCGUACCGCCAUCAUAGAUUUGGGCUUGAGCGACGUAGACCCCGGCAUGGUUCCAGACGGGGCAAAAUGCGGUCAUGAAAAGAUGUGUUUGAACCAGAGAUGCGUGAGUGUGCAGUCGGUACAGGCGGCAGUAGCACACAAGGAGACUUCCGAUUGCCCCUCAGAAUGUAACGGACACGGGAUCUGCAAUUCCGAAGGCCAUUGUCACUGCGAGGACGGAUUCGCGCCUCCAUUAUGCGUUCUACCUGGUGCCGGCGGAUCGUAUGAUUCUGGACCUGCUACUGAUCUUAGCGCGCAAAGGAACUUUAUGGUGGCAAUGUACAUCAUAUUCCUCGGCAUCAUACCAUUGAUAUUGCUGAUCCUCUUCCUGUCUUACUACUCGAAGCACAACGUACUGUUCUCGUGGAAGAACCCAAGGAAAUCGGUACAGUCGCCGAAAAAGGGUAGCCUGCAUCAGCGCAUAUCGCGCAGCGCCAACAAAUUCGCGUCCAACUUCCAGAAUAACAGCCAGAACAACGCCCAACCAGUCGUACACACGCUGUCCAACCCGGAUGACAUGAGCUCCAGCCUUCUACGAAGCGACUCCGACCGCAGCCCCGCAGGUAACGUCAACCCUUCCGUCAACUUCUUCGGCAACUUCAAGGGGUUCUCGCUGGCGCCCAUCGACAAGCAAUCACAGGAAAAUGCAAAGGACACGAAGAAAAAUAUCGACGUGAACAAAAGUGCUAAAAUCACGCCGGUGCACCGAAGCGGCAGCAACAGCCAGAGCAUCAUCACUCAAGGCGUUCUUAAACCCGUUUUGCGAAGCGCCCCGCCGCUGCCCGUCGUUCCUACCACCAAUACUAGCUCAAGCCCCACUGUGAAGAGAACCAACAGCUCAGUUCAGAACAGGAUCAAAGCGUUCAUAAAUACGGAGAAAGAGCAGUCGCAACCGGUGCAGGCGAGCCAGAGACCUGUCAUCUCCAGCCCUAUACUCGAAGCGUCCACUUGCACAGCCAAAGAACUUAUAUCUCCCCUCCAAGGGUCGAAAACACUAGGACCGAGCAGAACAGCACCUUCGAUCCCUGACGCAUCACCUUCACUACCGAAAAGACCUCUGAGCAUGCAUUCCGCAAAUGUACCUCAAAAACCACUCCCCGAGGAGCCGAAGAAAGUCAAAGAGGGUAUAUCCUUAAACCGCAUAGCUUCCUUCCUAAAACAAGACAAGCCGAAAGAGAAGGAACGCCGCCCCGUAGAGAGGAGUCAUUCGCUACCCAAAAACCCGGCGCAUCAAGUGAAAGUGCCGAAAGCGGCGGAUAAAACGGCUCUAAGGAAUCUGCAGAUAUCGAACCCUAUCCUGCAGAAGGAGAUCGACCUUCCGGUUAAUACGGUGCCAGUGGUUUCCGAUUCGGAAGAUGGGGAGGAUCCGAAAGCUUUCGUUAAUAGAGCACAAAGUAUGCGCGCUCCAGUACCUCAGAAACCCGCGAUACAAAGCUUCGGGUCCAUGAGACAGGCGCCCGGAGUCCCUCGCCCCGUCUCCAUAGUAGGACGACCCACGGCCCCCCCUCCGCCCCUCCCCGCGAACGAAACCAACCAACCGUCCAUAUACCAAAACCCAAAACCGCUGAACGACAAAUCGGUCGAUUACGUUGACUGUAUAGAAGAAAAGCAAGCCCCCCUCGCACAUAUCGGCGAAGAAUCCGAAGAUAACAUUUACGCCAUAAUAGAAGAAAGCCCAGAGAAACAUUCCAAGCCGCUGCCUGGCGUGCCACCGCCUCCCGUAAAGACUAUUCCCCAAUCGCCUCCAGAAGGAUACAACACCCCCAAACCGAUCACCUCGAACUCUGGAAGCACGGAGAGUAUGGGACUGCUCGGUGAGAUCGUCAACGAAAUACAGAACCGCAACUUCGAUUCCAUUUACUCAUCGCUAACGCUCCAAAGGAAGAAGCAGGCGAAAGAAGAUGCCAACAGAGAUAGCACUUACAUGAACACUGACAACUAUAGGGCCUCGGAGAGUGUGUAUAGUAAUUCGGGGGCCAAAUCCAAUGCGUCUACCACGAGCAGCGGCUACUUGCAUCCUUCAGCCGUCAACGUACCCACGUAUCUCAACAAAGAUAAAACAGAGACGAAAGACGAGGAGCCGGACAAACCGCCACCCUCGCCUACUUUGAAAGCCAAUUCUAAAAUACCCACGUUCAGCAGGCAAGUCACCCCGCCCAAUCUGAAGAAUACCAGCACUUUUAGAAGUGUACCGCAGUCGCCGAAGAACACCAACAAAAACAUGAAUUUAUUCAAGACUUUAGCUAACAGUCCUGACGUCGUGUCCAGUUGUGCUGCGGUGGACACUAAAAGCCUCAAAGCACCUGACGUGAUAAAUAAUAAUAGUAAACCGAGUGAACCACCCAAAACACCUAAGCCGGUGGCAAAACCGAACGAUAAUAGGCCUCCCUUGCGACCCGCCCCAACUUCUAACGUAGACAAGAAACUUAAGUCCACCGCAACUUUGAAAGCAGUCAAUUCUACUGCUAAUGUGAGCAAUAAACCCCCGGCUCAAACGGAAAGGAACCCAUUGAACCGCGUCAACUCCAAAGUGGAUUCUAAUGUGAAAUCUAUUGCGGAUAGUCUUAACAAGAACAAACCUAAGGUCGUGCCCAAACCGUCCACUUUAGUACCGAGGAUGGAGUCCAACGCGAAACCCAACCCGACUAAGCUCGCGUCUAAGCCAUCGAACGUAGCCAGUUUGCAGCAGAAAUUCGAAAAUAGAAAAUCUGUAGGCAAAGAAAUUACGAUAAAAAAAUAGUAGUCUCUUUUGUGUAUCAACAUUGGAAAGUUCUUAACUGUGAUUCCAGAUAUGAUUCGUGUCUGCGAGCAAUAUGGUAAUACGAUCAUGCAUUCAAGAACUCUAAUCCAAUUUCCACAUUCUUGGCAUUUUUUCUCUGAAUAAGUAUCCUAUUCCAUUGUAUUUUGUACUGCGUAUAUUUACUUAAUAUAAUAAUGAUUGACUUAUUUCUAUAGCCAGUGAUUUUUAAAACUUGAUAAUAUAAAUAAAACAAAGUUCAUUAGAUAAAAAGAGAUGUAAAAAUAUGACACCGAAAUUCCUCAUGAACAAGAGUAUGAUAGACCAAGUUCUCUAUUCUAUAAAUAGGUGUGAAUCGCGUUAAUAGUAAUUAAUUUUCUAGUCGGUGUAGUUAAUGUUAAAACGUCGAUUUGAUCAGAAAACAGGCAUUACCUUAGUACGAUCAGUUAAAUGUUUGAGGAUUAUGUUAGUACUUAGUUUAAGUAUUUAUCGCUUUUUACAUGUAAACCCGAUUAUUAAUGCUACCAUAUUCAUAUACGGUAUAAGUAUAUCACAUGAUGGUCACAUUAAGACCUUUAUUACUAUGUAUAACCCAUAUUAUAAUAAUGAGUAGACAUUUUUUAUUUGACAUAAAUAAUUGUUAUUUUGUCACUGUUUUUAUUUAAUUUUUAACAGUGUAGGUUUCCUAUUCCGUCCCUUGGGACGGUGAAAGAAUUCUAACGAUACUACAAAAUCGGGUCUUCUAUCAUUCUGUAUAUGACGAAUCUGGCAUGGCCUCAGAUAUUCAGUUCGGCUAUAUUACUAGCAUAAUCCUAACGAAGUAAUGCCUGGCACUAACAUGAUAUAUUAUAAUGAAAUUUAUUAGAAACUUAAAGACUAGAAAAUAUUGGUUAUGUAAUCAAAAAAAUUGAACUGAGAAAUUUCAUGAGCUCAUGAAAUAAAGUGUUCAUUACUGUUUCAAAAUAAAUUAAGUAUAAAGUUAAUAUUUAAAUAAAAAAAGGCAAGACAAGCGCUUGCUACUUCUUGAUAAUAUUGUAAAAUAUUUUUGUAUUUCUGUGCAUUUUGCUUUUCGCUUGAAGUUUGCGUGUCGCAUAAUAACUAGGUUUACGUAACUUCAAAUAAAGGGACAAUUCAACUUCUCUUAUUGGGAAGUAAAAUGUGGAUUCGGUUGUGUAUUUUUUUAUUGAAAACUACAAAAAUGUUGCAUAAUUAUUCUUAUGAGUCUCUUUUAUUGAGAGUAAAAAAUAAAACUUUAAAUAGACCUUAACCAUGCGAGAUCAUCUCGAACCUAUUUGUUCUUAACGCAAUACAAAGCACUUAUUGUGUGUGCAAUGCAAUAAGUAAAGAAUUUUAAUCACUAUUGUCACAAUAACCAGACAGUAUAGCUUUACUUAUCAUUCUACUGUCAAUAGUAACUAUUAUGGCUAUGCUACUAUAUGUACAUUAUUGUAAAUGGAAACCUAUUAAUAUAGGUCAAGGAUCAAAUUUUUAUAGUUUAAAGCUUGUGGCGAUGUAUAUCAUUAUUUACCACUAGCCUAGCGGUGUUUUUUUUUCAUUUUAAAUUACAUCUAUUGACGUGUUGACUCACUAGCGGCCCGUUUCAAUAAUUAAACUCCAAUAAAACGAUAACGAAUCUUAGCAAGUUGUUAUUUCGAUUGAACUAAUUAAGAGCCCUUUUACAAAAUUGCUCCGCUGCCGUACUGAUUGGAGCAUAGGUAGAUUUGCACUAGUACUUAUAUAUUUCAUUUUACGGGUGAUGUUUCGAGUAUUAUAAAAUAAUUAUUAAUGAACUAGAUAUAAAAAUAUAUACAUAUUUCAGUAGUUCAAUGAUGGUAGAUUAGUUUUAUCAAAGUUUUUGAUAGUAAUUCUAUUUAAUUCAAUUUCAAAAUACGAGGUAAACCUGCAUUUCUUUUUUGGGAAAACUCACGGAGGUUAGAUGUUUUUUUUUGAGAAAAAAAUCUAAUACAUUAUGUUACAACAAAAACAUAUUUCUGAUGUCAUAGUAAUUAAUUUGAUCUAAUUUAUUGAACAUUAUUGAGAGAUUGAGGCGUUUGAAGUUGUGCAUAUUAUCGUUUUUUCCGUAAACUAGCUGCAGUACAAAAAAGGAAAAUAGUAUUUGCAAAUAUUCUACAUUAACUUACAAAAGGAAGAAUAAAUCUACUGUUAACUUCUAUUGGAAAUAAAUAGUCAAAAGCUUUUCUAAGGGGGCAAACGAGGCGCUAAAGGAAAAGUGAAAGGGCUCUUAACAGAAGUAUCGAGGAAAAUAAUCUAAUAGGUCUCUCUCUUCCUGGAGAUAGAUUUUGGAAACGAGCUAUAUAACACUUUUUAUAGCAAUUCAUGAUACUGAUACAUUUUCAUUCAUAUACAUAAUAAAAAAAGCGGAAAACAUAUAAGCUUUACAGUUACAAUAAUAAAAAAUUGUUAAUAUGCAACAGAUCUCUGUAAAUAGUUGUCUUAAAUUUAUAUAUGUAUUUAGUUUUUUAUUUGAUCAAAAUGCUAAGGCUCGAAUUGAAAAAUAUAAGAAACUUAUUUGUAUUUUUAUAAGAUAAGUAUAAAUUAAAAGUGUAGCUGAUAUUUCGUAGUUUUUGUAAAAUAUAAUAGAUAGUGAUUGUAUGUGUGACGCUUAUUAUUUAAUUAAUAUCAGAUUGAAUUCAGCGAUCCGAGAGGACUAUUGAAUCUCCGUUUGUUUGUUGAUUACCGACAUGUACAUGGGUGCUAAAGCAAAGCUAUUAUAAGCUGCUUAAUAUCUGUUACGAAUAAUAAGAAAUAUUUUUAUAUAGAAGAUUAACUUGGAUAUGAAAAUAAUAGGUAUGUAUAAUAAUUUGAUUAACACUGGAUUCAUUCAUGAUUUAUGCAUUACAUUCGUCCAUUUACGGUUACCUCACUGCCAGCUGGGUACAAACUAUGGUGCUGUCAUUUUCAUGUUACAAGGGGUGGAUAGUUAGCAGUCUUGCAACUGUCCUCAGAAACGUCAUAUUAAUUUAAUGCUUCAUUAAGUCACGUGUUAUCUAAUUCUAUUUUUAUCGCAAAGAAAGUGGCAGUGUCGGCUUUAAUGAAACCUAAAAAGUUAAUUGACUUCUCUGAGUGCGGCUGUUAACCGCAUAAACUGCAAAUACAUAAAAACAUAGAAGUAUAAACAAAAUCAUUAAUUACUAUGUGAAGUCAUUUAUUUUGUCUCUUGCUAAAGCAAAAUCACAAUGUAUGAUGUUAUGAUGAUUAAAAAAAGAAUAAUCGUAGGUAUAUGUUAUAAAGACUGAUUCUGUGAGAUUUUGUUUGUCAUGUUGUCCUUAAUGUAUGUCAAAAUUUAAUUGAAAUUUUUGUGUGGGAAGACCAUUGCUUUAUGCAUUUAUUUACAUUUGUUUUCAUUGAACUUAGCUUUUUUUAAUUCAAUUGAUAUGUAAAAAGAAAAUCAAUGCAGAAUAAACAACAAUUAAAAAUUAAAACUGAAAGUGUUUUGUGAAGUUGUGUUCUAUUAGUGCUUUUACUAGGCCAGUGCUUUCGCUGGCUCAUAAUGUGAUAGCCGAUUUAUAUAAUGUUAAUGUGUGAGAGCAGAGAAAUACACAAAUAAAUAUAAAAACACCAAAGAAAUUAUAUAAGUGCGUUUCACAAAAAAGAAAACAAAAAUAGAUGAUUGAAAAAUGGUAGCUAUUUUUUCCAUAAAAACUUACUUUUAUGAAUAUUGAAAUGUGUAUGAAUUUGAAUGCACUUAGAAACUAAACAUAAGACAAAAGUUAAUAGGGGAUUCCUUUUUGAUAUGUCUAAAUAUCGAAGUGAAUAAAAUGUAUUAAAAAUA